AUGCAGAUUCUGAGCACCACACUCACUGUCAUGUCUCUCAUGUCGGCAGUGACUGCCAACACAAUCGUGAGAUGGCACGGAUGUAGUGGUGAAUACCAGGAAACCCAGACAACUGGCGACGGUUGCACCAAUGUGAGCGGCUUCAAGACCGAGAACCUAUGCAGCGUGGAAGUGCCGCCCCCAGGAACAGACCGUUGUGAAUUUUACAGUACUGCUUGUGAUGUUAUGCCUAGUGGACGAAACACUGCCCCGGACCGCAGGAGCAAGGCUAUAAGGUGA